AUGUCUCUUAAAGUCAUCUGUGGGCAGGCAAUCUUUAGUCUCUUCAUUUUCAUCAAAUUUCUUACUCUCUUUGCUCACACAACUUCAUUUAGUAUACCUCACUUCUCCCCUGGUACAGAGAACAUACUGUACGAAGGCGAUGCUACGAUCAAGUCGGGAAAUGUUGAAUUCAACCCACAAUUUGACAUAUUUCGUGUAGGGCGGUGCACUUAUUCAAAACCUUUCCAGCUUUGGGACUCUACAACUCCAGCUCGGUCACUGUCAAACUUUACUACCAACUUCACAUUCAUGAUGGACACUAAUGGCGAAGAACCCUUCACCGAUGGAUUUGCCUUUUUCCUUGCACCUUUCGGCUAUCCAAUCCCGCCGAACUCAGCCGGUGGAGAUCUAGGACUGUUCAACAUCACCAAUCAAUUAGAUACGUCCCAAAACAGAGUUGUCCUAGUUGAGUUUGAUACCUACUCAAACGAAUGGGAUCCAAAGGGACCUCAUGUUGGCAUCAAUAUAAAUAGUCUUUUAUCAGUCGUAAAUGCUAGUUGGGAUUUUAACGUCAACAAAUCAAGAAAGGUGAUAUCUGCACAAGUAACUUACAAUGCGAGCACCUACAUGCUGACUGUGUUUUGGAAGUACAAUGAAGCUACGACGUAUGAAAAUCCUCUUCCUUUCAAAAUCGACUUACGAGAUGUUCUCCCCGAAAGGGUUGCUAUUGGUUUCUCAGCUGCUACCGGAACAUACCCGGAAAAUCUUAUUAUAUCAACAUGGGAGUUCAAUUCAGAUUUAGAUUCUGAUGAUAGCAGCAGGAAAGGGAAUAAGCGUGCAAUAUUCUUGAUAGCGGCCAUGACUGUAGUUACUUUCUUCAUUUUAAUGCUUGGUGUGGCCUUAUAUUGGUCAGUGGUAAAGAAGCGCAUAGCAAAGAUCAAAGGGCAGAACAAUGUUGUGGUACCCUCUGUAAGUAAGCAUCUGGAGACACUAGCCUUUCCGAGACGAUUUUCUUACAAAGAAUUAGUUGCGGCUACCUUUGGCUUUGCAAAUGACAGAAGGCUAGGCCAUGGAGGGUCAGGACAAGUUUAUAAAGGAGUCCUACAAGAUCUAGGCUGCUCGGUUGCUGUGAAGAGAAUCUUUGCCGACUCUGAGCAUUAUGAGAAAGUUUUCAUCAACGAAGUGAAAAUCAUUAGCCGCUUGAUACAUAAAAACUUGGUGAUGUUUAUAGGAUGGUGUCAUGAGCAAGGUGAGUGCUUACUUGUUUAUGCUUACAUGCCUAAUAGCAGCCUUGAUGCUCAUCUGUUUGGCCCCAGAACAACACUGCAAUGGGAUAUCAGGUACAAGAUAGCUUUGGGAUUAGCCUCAGCCCUUCAUUAUCUACACGAAGAUGCAGAGCAGUGCAUCCUUCAUAGGGAUAUUAAAUCAGCAAAUGUACUAUUGGAUAACGAUUUCAACAUGAAGCUCGGUGAUUUUGGGAUUGCUAAACUCUUGGAUCCUCACUUGAGGACUAGGACAACCGGGGUGGCAGGAACGUUUGGGUACAUGGCCCCGGAAUAUGCUUUUCAAGGGAGAGCAAGCAAGGAGUCGGACAUGUUCAGUUUUGGAGUCGUGGCUUUGGAAAUUGCUUGUGGAAGGCAGACUUACCAAGAUGGAGAGUAUCACGUACCACUUUCCGAGUGGGUUUGGCAAUCGUACCUUGCAGAAAGUCUUCUCGAUGUAGCUGAUGAGAGAUUGGAUAUGAAGUUUGAUCCAAGUGAAAUGAAGUGCUUGCUAAUUGUGGGAUUAUGGUGCACUCAUCCAAGCAACAAGGAGAGACCUAAAGCAGGGCAAGUUAUGAAGGUUCUUCAGCUCGAAGCACCAUUGCCUCAACUUGCAUGCAAUAGGCAUCAUGAUCAUCAUCAAUAUAAUGUCUCUGUACUACCUGAUCCCGGAACAAUCUUGUAG